AUGGACUUCCCGGAUCUAGACCCUGACAAGAACUUCAACCUCAAGUACUCCCACAAGACCCCUUCCAAACCCAAAGUUACCCCUCAGAAAACCGUGGAUAUCCCAUCACCACCACCAUCAUCAGAUAAUCUCCAAUACAUUGUUAAGCCUACCACCAUCCACUACAAUGAAAAAUAUGAUGAAAAACUUACCUUGGCCAAUAAUGCUCAGCCAAAAAAACCAGUAAGAAAAUUAUUUGCCAGAUCUAAUGUGUUGAAAAUGUUGUUGGCAGUAUUUGUAUUGGUGAACACAUAUACCUUGUACGUGCUUGGAGCUACACACCCUAGACACUACCAGCCGCAAAAUACCCCUCAGAAGUUCUUUUCCAAUGUCGUUCAUAAUCCUCUCUCUUUUCAUGCCCACAGAGCUAAUGACUCUUUCGUGGAAGAUGGCGACCAUUCCAAUUGCGCAGAACGCGAAAUCUCUCAUGCAAACUCUGUCGACGUCAGUAAGGAAAAAGCUUACAUUUCCUUGGUUGUUAGAGCGGAAAGUAGCAGUGGAAAUGGAACUGUCACCACUAGUGGAUCAUCUUUUAGUUCUUCUGCAAUUAUCAGCUCCACUAGCUCCACCACCCCAAGCUUGAUAGCUUCUUCUUCUUCUUCCUCUUCUUUUUUCUCCUCCUCUUCUUCUUCCUCUUUCUUCUCCUCCUCAUCACCGGUCAUCACCACCAGCUCUUCAUCAUCUCAUUCAUCAAGUUCAGUCUUUUCACUGACUUCUAUCACUUCCACUCACUCCCUAUCUUCUUCCUCUUCCUCAUCACCAUCAUCGGUUUUUUCAAUCGCUUCUUCUACUAGCACCACCUCCGCAAGCGCAUCUUCGUCAUCAUCCCUGUCACCAUCUAGAUCCUCAACUUCUUCCAGAUCCUCAACUUCCUCUGCAACAUCAUCAUCAUCACACCGUGCGUCUACUACCACCAGUGACAAAUCUUCUACCAUCACUAGUCAUAAAUCUAGCACUUCGGUCUCUGGUGGAGUCACUUAUAUCUAUGCCGGCACCACCACCGAAACGUAUGGAUCUGGUGGAGCACGGACCCUCACUUUAACUUCAUCCGCUACUUCUAAUCCUUCACUUUCUACCGAAUCCACCACCACUUCUAAAGGUCUUUCCUCAAAAAAUAAGAAGAUCGUCAUUGGUUGCGUGGUGGGGAUUGUUGGAGGACUUCUUUUCUUUGCGGCGAUCGUGUUUGCGUACUUCCGUUUUUACAAACAACGCAAAGAUGAACGGUUCAUCAACUCUGAAGGGCUUUGGGUCACUCGUAAUGGUAACCCCGAUGAAAAAUUGAACUCGGCUCAUAAUUCGCCAAGCAACUUGGCUACCGCUUCGCCAUCUUGGAAAUUCUGGGGUCGUCAAAAUAAUGGUGGUAACCCUGGUGACCAUCAUAGUGCCAUGGGAGUUAAAAGCCCAGUAUUGGAUACCCAUGAUAAUGAUACUGAUGAAUUUGUAUUCAGAAACGGUCACGGUACCACAUCUCCUACAAACCGUUACACUCAGGCUUUCUGA